AAAUCAACAAACAAAUAAAAGAAAACGUUUUGUUUCUUUGAUUAAUACCUAUUAUAACUGAAAAUUUUUAAAGUAUUUAAUAUUUUCAACUUCCACGUCCUUUAUAAAAUGAUGAAAUCCGAAGAUAUUAUAAACUAUUUAAGGAUAACGGAAGGUGGAUUCAAAGAACCUUCCAAUACCUUUUUUGAAAACAAAAACUACUUUCCAAAAUAUUUGAAAAAAGGUGUUUUAACUGUCGAAGAAGAAGACGACCAUCCUACAAAACAUCAACAAAUUUACUGCAACAUUGCUGGCUGUGGAAGUUCUUUUCAAUCCGUCUCCGCUUAUCAAAGUCACUACAACAGUCUUCACAGGUAUAUUUGCAGCCAAUGUAAGAAAAGCCUUCCAACACCACAUUUAUUAGAUUUACAUCUCUCCGAAAACCAUGAUUCAUAUUUUGCUGUGCUCUCGCAAAACAAACCCAUGUUCCAAUGUUACAUUGAAGAAUGCACACACAAGAGUUCAACACCAGAAGAAAGGAAAGACCAUUGCAUUAGUGUGCACAAAUAUCCUCAGAAUUUUCGUUUUGAAAAUCUUUGCACGAUUGGUAAUAAUGGAAGAAAACAAUUACCAAUAAUUGAUGAACCAAUGGACGGAGUUAAACCAAAACUUUUUAAAAACAAUACAAAUUUUUCAUUUGGUCAUGCAAAAGAGAAAACUUUUAAUAAGAAAAGUUAUGGUAAACUUUUGAGUAAGACAGAAGUUGAAUACAAAAAUACUUUGGAAGAUUCAAAGACGGUUAAUGAUCUUCUAAACAGUUUGCCAAAGUAAAAAAAUCUCAAAAGCUUGUUAUGUACAUAAAUAUAUCUCUAAAUUUUUGUUUUGUUUUACAUAAUACAUAA